GUCACGGAGACGAAUAACCAGCUAGGCGGUGACGUCACGCGAAGGCAUGAGCAACGAAGCAGUGACGUCAGGCGGCGGCGCGGCGCGCGGCAGUGACGUCACGAGGAGGCGGCAGCAUGGCGGGCAGCGGGCGCCGGCCCGAGCACCGCGGGCCCCCCGAGCUGUUCUACGACGAGGCCGAGGCGCGCAAAUACACGCAGAACUCGCGGGUGGUGGAGAUCCAGUCGCAGAUGUCGGAGCGCGCCGUGGAGCUGCUGGGGCUGCCCGAGGACCGGCCGUGCCUCCUGCUGGACGUGGGCUGCGGGUCAGGGCUGAGUGGGGAUUACAUCUCUGAGGAGGGGCACUACUGGAUUGGCAUGGACAUCAGCCCUGCCAUGCUGGAUGUGGCUGUGGAGAGGGAGGUGGAAGGAGACCUGCUCCUGGCAGACGUGGGUCACGGCAUUCCCUUCAGGCCUGGCAUGUUUGACGGCUGUAUCAGUAUUUCCGCAGUGCAGUGGCUCUGUAACGCUGACAAGAAAUCACACAGCCCCCCCAAACGCCUCUACAGAUUCUUCUCCACCCUUUACACUGCCCUGGCCCGAGGAUCCCGAGCUGUGCUGCAGCUGUACCCCGAGAACUCAGAGCAGUUGGAGCUCAUCACAGCCCAAGCCAUGAGAGCUGGAUUUACUGGGGGAAUGGUGGUCGAUUACCCAAACAGUGCCAAAGCCAAGAAGUUCUUCCUUUGUCUCUUUGUCGGGGCAUCUGGCAUGUUGCCAAAGGGCCUUGGUACAGAGUGUGCUGAUGAAGAGUUGCACCAGGCAAAGUUCACCAACGAGAGGACACGGUUCAAGAACAUCAAGGGCAAGUCUGUGAAGAAAAGCCGGGACUGGAUCCUGGAGAAGAAGGAGCGUAGACGACGACAGGGAAAGGAGGUGCGAGCAGACACGAAAUACACGGGUCGGAAGCGCCGCCCUCGCUUCUGAAUUGCUCUGGACGCCGCUGCUGUGGAAGGUGGCAUGUGGGUGCCUCCAGCGAGCCUCCUGUGGAUGGCACAGGUGGGCACUCCACGCCUGGAACUUGCUGGGACACGUCAUUGUGGCUCUUGAUGGUGUAAACUGGCUCAGGUGCUGCCCAACAGCCAACUGCAAAGCUUCCAGCCCUGCUUGCCUGCUGAAGGUGGAGUGGCAGACAGUGCUCUGGCCACUUGGUGUCUGCGAUGCUGUCACUUACCUUCCUGAGUGCAGCAAGCCAGCUGAGCUCCAGGUCAGCCAGGACAUGAUAUCCAGCCUCCUCACUAAAGAGUCAACGAGUUGGAGGUGUU